UCCAUGGCCAUUUUUUGGCCCAAGCAGCAGGCGCUCUUCACAAAUCUUGGGCACGCGCCCGCCGUUCGUCUCCAAAACACAGUUCCGUUUUGCCGCGAUGGCUCGCCUCGCCCUUGCGUUCCCGUGCUUCACGGGCUUCGCACUAGCUGCGCGCCAGGCUUCAUGGCGCCAACAUUGCAGAGCGGAUUUCGGUCGGAAAACGGUAGGGUGGGCCCAGAGUGUCCUGGAGAAUUUCGUUCCGGAUUUCGAGGUGAAAUUCGUGCGGAUUUUCUUUGGCCAAGAAUGAAGACCAAAGAGAAUCCAUGCGAAAUUUGCUUCGUUUUUCGCUCGCCGCUUCGGGCAACAAUCCAAACAGAAAUUCACACAACAAUCCGCCGCAGCACGUCUGCAAGGCCGGUGCAAUGACAGGUUCGCACCCUGGAGGGCGCCGCGGCGGCGGCGGAGGACGGCGCUGCGGCUCGGGCAGACGGCGCGGUGGCCGCGCUGGCUGAGCUGCACGGGGCGGCCGCGCAGGGGGGCAUCCGACACGACGGCCGCUACUUCGUCUUCCUGGAGGUCUACGAGCUGAAGGGCAGCAGGUCGUGGGAGAGCUCCCGGAUGGUCUCGGGUGCCGUCAGCGGCCAGAACGUCGCAGGGCUGGCGCAAAUCACCGAGGGCACCAACGUUACCGAGAUGUCGGGGGCUUUCUACCACUCCGAGGUCGUCUUCUGCGAUCGCAGCGGCUUCCAGGCGGCGGACGUGACGUACCUCGAGGACCUGCUGAAGGGCUCGUGGUGGUCCAGCUAUCAGGAUAUUCCAGUUGAGUGGUGGGAACAGAGGCACGCCUCGUGCCAUACGCUUUCGUACGGCGGCGGGUAUAGUAGUGAAAGUUGCAGCGGCAUUUACAAGUACUCGCAGUACCUCUCCUCCCGAAGGGCUGGCAUCGGUAACGCAGAUACUGGCGCGGCAUACAAGUACAUAUACGGCACCACAGAUUUCGACGCCAGCUCUGCCAGGGACGUGGUCUGUGGCGGCCACUGCGGUCUGGAGUGGAGCUCGGAUGCCUACCAUCCGGUCACACGGAACUGUAAUUAUUUUUCGAGUACGAUGAUGAGUUGCGUCCUCGGCCUCAGCCAGAGCACGCCGAAUCUUGGAGUCAGUGACAUGCGACAUAUCUGGAAGUGCAGCAGCUGCAAGCUCUUGAAGCGUGGGCAGACGGUGCGAGUCAAGUCCGACAUGAACUCUGCCGGCAAGAACGGGAGCAUGAUCCCCGCAGGGGUGGAGGGAACAGUUGUGACACUGAACGGCGCCGGGGACGCCAGUGUGUACUUCGGCACUCUCGGCCAGCAAUGGGUCUACAGCAAGAACUUCCAUAAAUUUGCGAACGUGUGGAAUGCCCAGGAUCUUGUUGUAGUCAAGGUAGGGUUCAAGUCCGCGGGCACAAGCCACAUUGAGCUUCGUCCAGGCAAAAAGGGGGAAAUAUUGAAGAUCGAUGAGGAUGGGGACGCUCUUGCACGCUUCGACGGCAUCGAAGGCAAUCAGUGGGUUGACCAGUCCGAUUUCGACAAGUUGGUCAAGGCAGGGUGAUGCUUCGUCCUGGCAGAACGAACGAUACCAUACGGGGACCGCUCCACAUCCUCGCUUUUCUCGUCCGUGUCCUGGUCGCCGUCGUUAGAAAAACGGCCUGAUCCACCUGGGAUUCCUUCUCCCUCUUCGAGGAGGAGUGAGAGGAGGAGACGGGAGGUGCGUGUGAAAUUCGCUCAUUUCACCACUAUAUCAUUGCAUACCGCUCACGUCUCGGCUCAGGCACUGGUGUAACGCACCGCGCUGCUCUCCGCGCGGCG